CCUCAUGAGAGAAGAAUGCAAUGUAAAUUCACUCUCUUUAAUAUAAACCAAUCAAGCUUAUCUUCCCGCGCUUUACAGUUACUACUAUUCCCAUGACUCCCAUCACCCAACACCGUACAUUUCAAUCCUCGCCUGACUUGUACGCAAAGCUGAUCGAAAUCUACGCUCGUGAUAGAGAAUUGCAGUCAGCAAGACUACUCCACGCCCAUUGAUCACCACCGGGUUGGCCCGUUUGACCCAUUUCGCCUCCAAGCUCAUAUCUUUGUACGCUUCCUGUGGCCAAGUAGCCCAUGCCCGUAACCUGUUCGACCAAAUUCCCAAGACCAACAUAAGCCGCCGGAUUGUUAUUCCCAGUGUUCUCGAGGGCAUAUGGAUAGCAGCUGCCUGGUAUAGAAACAUUGUUGGCUAAGCUAUCUGUUGGUCUUGGAGCCAACUCUAUUUGACUUGACCUGGUCCUUAAGAUGCAAGAUGGGGCAAUAUUGGAAUCUUAGUUUAGUCUGUGUGACUGACUCAGUCUAUCUGCUUCUAUUUAUUUAUGCAUAGAGAGCUAUUCAAACAGGUUCAGGUUACAAGUUUUCUCCAGGUUACCACUCUCCACCUCUGAUCAUCAAUCUCAUAUCUUGAGCUACACAUACAAAUAACUAGGCAGUAUCCAUAUACUUUCUUGGAAGGUCACAACUUUGAAGAAAUAUUUGCUCCAAGGAAGCACCCAGAUUCGAUUGUGGAAACCAUUAUAUAGCUAAGGAAGUGUUUGCAUGUUUUGACCUGUGAAUUUGCACAUUUCUGUACUAUGGCGGCUUCUUCAACACAUGUCUCUAGGUAUGAUGUCUUCAUUAGUUUCAGAGGCGAUGACACCCGCAAUACCUUUACCAGCCAUCUUUUUAAGGCUUUAGACAGGAAGAAAAUCAACACAUACCUUGAUUACGAACUUGAGAGCGGAGAUGAAAUUGGACCUACCCUUCUGAAAGCAAUUGAGGAAUCAAAGAUUUCCGUGAUCAUUUUCUCUGAAAACUAUGCUACUUCCACUUGGUGCUUGGAUGAACUUGUGCAUAUACUUGAAUGCAAGAAAAUAAAUCAGCAGUUUGUUAUACCCGUUUUUUACAGAAUAGAUCCAUCACAUGUACGACACCAGAGAGAGGGUUAUGCAACUGCAUUUGCUAAACAUGAAGAGCGCUUUAAGGAUAGGAUGGACCAGGUGCUCAAGUGGAAGGGUGCUUUGACAACAGCAGCCAACUUAUCUGGGUUUGAUUCACACACUAUUUGCAAUGAGUCUGAAUUAGUUGAGAGAGUCGUCGAAGCUAUUUUCAUGAAAUUGGAUCGUGAAUUGUCCAGUCAUUUAGCAAACUUCAUUGGAGUUGAAAGUCGCAUCCAGAAAAUUAAAACGUUACUAUGCAUUGUCCCACCAGAUGUUUGUGUUCGCACUGUAGGUAUUUGGGGUAUGGGUGGUAUUGGCAAGACCACCCUUGCCGAUGCUGUAUUUAGUCAACUUUCUUCUCAGUUUGAAGCUUCUUGUUUUCUUGCAAAUAUUAGGGAAGAAUCGGAGAGACGCGGAUUAAGGCAUCUGCGAAAUGAGCUUCUUGGUGAGUUAUUGAAGGAAGAAAAUUUCAGUAUCGGCACUCCAUCCAUAGGAUCUGCUGUUAUUAAAAAUAGACUAUCCCGUGCAAAGAUCCUCAUUGUUCUUGAUGAUGUGAAUGAUUUAAGCCAAUUAGAAUCUUUAGUUGGUGAUCAAGUUCAGUUUGGCUCAGGAAGCAGAAUUAUUAUUACAACUAGAGAUAUGCAACUACUUAGAGAGAUGCAGUUGCUGAGGAAAUCAGCUAACCAUGAUGUUCAAAUAUACAAGGUGGAGGAACUAGAUAAUGAUGAAGCACUUCAGCUCUUCCACUUGAAUGAUUCCGAAGCAAUCCGUUCUGGAGAAGCUUGUACAGAAUUAGUAAGAAUGGUGUUGCAUUAUGCUGCUGGCAUUCCCUUAGCCCUCAAAAUUUUGGGUUCCUUAUUCCGUCGGUGCAAGAGCAAACAAGAACGAGAAGAUUUUUUGAAAAAACUGAAAAAGUUCCCUGAAAAGAAACUUCAGAAUGUGUAUAGAGUAAGUUAUGAUGCAUUAGGAGAAAAUGAGAGGGAGAUGUUUCUGUAUAUUGCAUGUUUUCAUAAAGGGGAGAAAAUAUGUAGUGCAAAAGCACAACUGGAUGCAUGUGGCUUAUUUGCGGGUAGUGGAAUUGAAGUCCUGAUUGACAUGUCUCUCAUAUCAAUCAAAGAUGACCGUUACCUAUGGAUGCAUGAUGUGAUACAAGAAAUGGGUUGGGCAAUUGAACGUGAAAAAUACCCUGAAAAGCCUGGAAAGCGCAGUAGGUUGUGUGCCCCUGAGGAUGUCUGUCAUGUGCUGGAAAGAAAUAAGGGAACUGAAAAAGUUCAAAGCAUAUCCCUAAACCUGUCUAUGAUUACAGAGCUAAAAUUGACUCCUCAAGCCUUCAAAAAGAUGGGUAAUCUAAAAUUCUUAAAGUUUUGUGGUCAUGAUGAUCUUGUGGACUACUCCCCUUUGAAGGAUUGCGAUAUGCGCCUUAAUCUUCAAGAUCUUGAGUCUCUUCCUGAUACCCUUAUAUAUCUCCGCUGGCCUUUAUACCCUUUGAAAUCUUUGCCUUCAAAAUUUUCUUCAGACAAUCUUGUUGAGCUUAAUAUGCCCGGCAGCCAACUCCGGAGACUUUGGAAUGAAGGACAGAAUCCUAGGAACUUAAAAAGGAUUGACCUUCAUGACUCCACACAGUUGGUUGAAGUUCCAGAUCUCUCAGUGAGUGUAAAUAUUGAGAGUAUAAAUUUGGAAGGUUGUAUAGGGUUGGUUGAAGUUCCUUCAUAUUUUGAAAACCUACACAAGCUUACUUCUCUGAAUCUGAGUAAUUGCUUGAAUCUUAGAUUUCUGUCAGAUAUGCCACGCAAUUUGGUUUUGUUGGAGUUACAAAGUACUGCAAUAGAAGAAUUGCCUUCAUCAAUUUGGUCUCAUGAAAAACUUGUUGAAUUGAAUCUUGAUUUGUGUGAAGGCAUUAAGAAUCUUCCCAACAGCACUUGGAAGCUGAAUUCCCUCACAUCUCUUUAUUUGUCUGGGACAAGUAUAGAAGGACUGCCCUCAUCAAUUGAGAGUCUGUCUGCAGUUGUUUCAAUUGAACUGAUCGAUUGCAAAAGGUUUGUGAGUCUCCCCACCAGCAUUUGUAAGUUGAAAUCUCUUCAAAGACUUUCUCUUAAUGGAUCCUCUAGCUUCAACACCUUCCCAGAAAUUUUGGAGCCUAUGUACUGUCUGGUGUCUCUUAAUUUAGGAAAAACAGAGGUUAAUGAGCUACCCUCUUCCAUUGAAAAUCUAGUUGGCCUAAAAAGAUUAUGGUUAUCUGAGUGCAAAAGUCUCGAAUCUGUCCCAAAUAGUAUCUACAACUUAAAACUUCUUGAGGAUUUCAAAGUUGAUGGCUGUUGCAAGUUGAAAAAAUUGCCUCCCUCGUCAUUCCUUUUGUGUUCUUUUAUGCAUGUUAAUAUCCUAGACCUCCGUGGCUGCAAAGUAUUAGAAGAAAUCCCUGAUUGCAUUAGUAGCUUAACGUCGUUGAAUCUGAGUGGAAGUAUGAUUAAGAGUAUACCUUCAACUAUCAAACAAGCGUCUAGGCUGAGGUUCUUAUAUGCAAGGAAUUGCAAUUGCCUUCAGUCUUUGCCAGAGCUCCCAUCUCUUCUAAAAGUGUUUGACACAAGUGGCUGCCCGAAACUGAAGACAGUGUCUUUCUCGAUGACUGCACUCAGACAAGGUUUGGAUCAAAUAUGUGAAGAUGUAAUAGAUCAUUAUGAGAAACAUAGAUUUUAUAAUUGCUUAAAUUUGGAUGAGAAUUCAAGGAGCAACAUAAUGGAUGAUGCACAUCUUAGAAUUAUGCGAAUCGCAACUGCUAAUUAUCGGAAAUUUUUGGAAGAAGGAUCUCCUUUAGUUGGUGUUGUAUGUUCAGGUAGUAAAAUUCCAAAAUGGUUCAGCUAUCAAACUGAAGGAUGUUUAUUAAAUAUAGAGCUUCCUAUAAAUUGGUCUGAAGAUCCAAACUUCCUGGGUUUAGCAUUGUGUGCUGUUGUUACAAGCCCUGAAAAAUCUUCUUUAAGAUGUAAAUCCGAUUUCAAAACCAUCAACGGAGAAAGCCAUCAGUUCAACAACUAUUUUCCCUAUGAUUGUAAUCUCACCCGUUGGGGUGACGUCAAUUCAGAUCACGUCUUAGUGUGGUAUUAUGGCCUUGAAAGUGCGCAACAGUUCACUAUUUUUAACAAUGCCACCGAAGCCUCUUUUGAAUUCUAUGCACUUAAUAAAAGGUAUGUUGAUGGUGUAUUGUUUACUGACGACUACAUGGUGAAAAGGUGUGGGGUGAGCUUGCUUUAUGCUCAAGACUAAGGCCAAGAUGCUGUGAGAUGCUACUUGGUCAUCGAUCAAGAUGUUGAAGCUAGCAGAACAUGUCAAUGGAAACUCCUAAAUAUCAUGAAUUUCAGCAUGAAGGAUUGGAGUUUUCGGGUGUAGAGCCUGCUCUGCUGUUGUAUGUCCGGGAUAUGAUUCGGCUUAUUGAAGGAGGUUCAAGAUGCUGUGAAAUGUCAAGUCCUCGAUCAAGAUGUUAAAGCCAGCAGAAGAACUGAGAAAUGAUGUUUCGAAUAACUAUCGUUAAGUAAGAGCAACAUAAAUUGAUAACAAUGUUGCCAAAGCUGUCAAAUUGGAGCAUUAAUCCAGCUUGUUUCAAUUUGUUGUUUGCAAUUGUUUCAUUUCGUAUACUAUACAGUGUUUGGCUAGCUGGCUGCAGUCCGCAGUUUGAAGAGCUUUCAGACACCAUGUUUUUGCAUCUAUAAAGUUCCAUGAUCUUUGUAUUUACUCAAUCUACUCGG